CAAACCCCCCCAAAAAACCCCCUUGCAGACCCCCACCACCGGGACCUUUACCUGAACAGCAGCGAUUUCCUGGCGCUGCUCAACGACGAGAGGCUGCACCCCAACGCCUCAGAGUGGAAGCGGAACCUGCUGCGGAUCCAGCGCCUGGUGCUGAUCGGGGGCCCUGACGACGGCGUCAUCACCCCCUGGCAGUCCAGGUGAGACCCCAAAAACCCCAAAAUCGCCCCAAAAUCACCCCAGAAUUACCCCAAAACCCUCCUGGAAAUGUGCGUGAAAUUCCACCCAAAAUCGCCCC